CUAGCGGUGCAAACGGUGGCAACAUCAACCGGCAUCUUCCCAUUUGUCAGUUUGCUGUUGUUGUCUUUUGACGUGUCUUUUUGAAAAAAAAAUUUAAACGCGAUUUUAAAAAAUGUGCGACGAAGAAGUAGCUGCAUUAGUCGUAGACAACGGUUCUGGAAUGUGCAAAGCUGGUUUUGCCGGAGAUGACGCUCCUCGUGCAGUUUUCCCUUCCAUCGUAGGACGUCCCAGGCAUCAAGGAGUUAUGGUAGGCAUGGGCCAAAAAGACUCAUACGUAGGUGAUGAAGCUCAAAGCAAACGAGGCAUCCUUACUUUAAAAUAUCCAAUUGAACAUGGAAUUGUUACCAACUGGGAUGAUAUGGAAAAAAUCUGGCAUCAUACUUUUUAUAAUGAAUUGCGUGUUGCCCCAGAAGAACAUCCAGUUCUUUUGACUGAAGCCCCAUUAAACCCAAAAGCAAAUAGAGAAAAAAUGACUCAAAUUAUGUUUGAAACUUUUAACACUCCUGCAAUGUAUGUAGCAAUCCAAGCAGUACUUUCUUUGUAUGCAUCUGGCCGUACCACUGGUAUUGUUUUGGAUUCAGGAGAUGGUGUCUCUCAUACAGUCCCAAUAUAUGAAGGUUACGCUUUGCCUCAUGCUAUUUUGCGUUUAGAUUUAGCUGGUCGUGACUUGACUGAUUAUUUAAUGAAAAUAUUAACCGAGCGUGGAUAUUCAUUUACUACAACAGCUGAAAGAGAAAUUGUGCGAGACAUUAAAGAAAAACUCUGCUAUGUUGCUUUGGACUUUGAGCAAGAAAUGGCAACAGCUGCUAGUUCAAGCUCUUUGGAAAAAAGCUACGAACUUCCUGAUGGCCAAGUAAUCACCAUUGGAAAUGAACGUUUUAGAUGCCCUGAGGCCCUUUUCCAGCCCUCAUUUUUAGGCAUGGAAGCUUGCGGUAUCCACGAAACAACUUACAAUUCAAUAAUGAAGUGCGAUGUUGACAUCAGAAAAGACUUAUAUGCCAAUACAGUACUUUCUGGAGGUACUACAAUGUAUCCAGGCAUUGCUGACCGUAUGCAAAAAGAAAUCACCGCUCUGGCUCCUUCCACAAUGAAAAUAAAAAUCAUUGCUCCACCAGAAAGGAAAUACUCCGUAUGGAUUGGUGGGUCUAUUUUGGCCUCUUUAUCCACUUUCCAACAAAUGUGGAUUUCCAAGCAAGAGUACGACGAGUCUGGACCGUCUAUUGUUCACAGAAAAUGUUUUUAAUUUCAUGCAUUCCAAUAAUAAUUGCUUUUUCUUGAAUUUUGGGUCACAGAAUUGACCAAUAAUACAGUAUUAAAAUAAUUUGCAUAAUUCAAUAAACCAAACAAGUAUGGAAUAAUUAAUUUGAAAACCCU